AUGCCAGCUGGGUCUUACGCAUAUACUGACACACUCAAGGGUGUUUACUACGGACCUAAGUGCGUCGAAACCGCACUCCCAAAACUUUUGCACACUCUUGGAGCCAAACGAGCGCUUGUCGUCACAGGAAGGUCCCUACGCGACAAAACUGACGUGCAUACUCCGGAGGCUGGUAUCGAGCAGGGCAUCUUCAAACUUCGUGAAGUCGGCGCCGACAUCAUAGUAUCUGUUGGUGGAGGCUCUCCUAUCGAUGCAUCGAAGGCGAUCAUUUUCAGGCUGCAGCAACAAGAAGCACAAGAAACCCCUGGCAAAGAACCCGAGUUCUUGCCACAAAUCGCAAUACCAACAACCCUGAGUGCAGCAGAGUACAGGAUUGGUGCAGGAUAUACCAACAAGCAGGGUGACAAAGUAACUGUCAGUCAUCAAGAGCUUGCUCCGGCAGGCGUCAUACUAGAUGCAGAGCUGACUCUUUCGACACCUGAGCAACUAUGGCUUUCUACUGGGUUGCGUGCGCUGGACCAUGCAGUUGAGAAUCUAUAUAGACCCGGAGUGCCCCUACCGCUGAAGAAGCUAUGUUAUGCUGCGAUCGCCGAUCUUUUCCGCUUCCUCGUUUUAUCGAAGAAUGACAGCAGAGAUCUGGUUUCAAGGCAGAGACUGCAAGUUGCGGCGUGGAUGAGCUUAUGGCCGCUGAAGGCUGAAAAACACAGCUCGAUAGGAUUAUCACACACGCUUGGUCACAAGCUUGGAGCAACAUAUGGAAUACCGCAUGGCAUCACCUCAUGCUUGACGCUUGCGUCGGUGGUCAACUUACAGGCGGAAAUAGCAAGCCAAGAAGACAAGGAGUACCUUGCUGAAGCCUUAUUCUAUCUCAGAGAACCAUCAACUGGGACUGUCGACGGAGAUGUCAGGAAACUAUCGUCCAUGAUCAACAGGCUUGUGCAAGAACUUGGGCUGCGGAGGACCCUGAGCCAAUAUGGUGUGCCAACAGGUGAUAUUGAACAGAUCGCCGUCCGUGCAGUCGGCCAAGAGGGCGAAGAGUUGCUCUCAAAGGUGAAGAUUCUUUUGGAAAGCAUCUACUGAUGAAUUCUGCUCGUGAUCGGGUAUUAUAGACGCCGCAAUGUAAAUACAUGCAUUAGUCCUACUCAAUUCUUAUGUUUACCUCUUGCGACGCCUCCUUCGAACAAAGGAAUAUAAAUAAAGAAUUGAGUGGGAUACUUUUCGUUUAGACAGCUGGAGAAAGAUAAUCAGCGAAUCAAGG